CGGUAGUUCAUCGCUCGGUACCGUUGCAGACUGCCGUAUCCAGUCCCCCAGUUGACUUCUCCGCGUAAAAGUUUCAUCUGUACCUACAUCAAAGGAAUAGUAGAAGUUGAGUACAUUGUACGUUCCUCAAGUUAUCUAUGUCGUGUAUUGUGUAAGUUUUGUUGAGAAAAGUCAACAUGCGGUGGUGUAUUCCAGCAGUUUUGUUCUUCGCCUUAGUUUGCUCAGUCCGACCAGAUGAGGUACUACCCGAGCCAACUCUACGCAUCAUGGCGCGGUCGACGGUGUACAACGUCGGCGAAACCAAAGCCAUCUUCUGUAAAGGAGAAAAUCUCGUAGAACCUAUUCAAUGGUACUCCCCCUCGGGCAAGUUAGUCGAGGAGCGAUCUACCAAGAAUAGUCGAGUGUUCGUGGAACGGAAGACGGAAGACAAUGGAGUCCUAGUGCCCCUCAUCAUCCAUCGUAUCAAGAUCAGCGAUGGAGGCAACUGGACCUGCAAAGCCGGGAACCAAAGUGAAACGAAGGAGUUUAUAGUCGGAGAAAAAGUAAACAUCACCGAUAGAAACGUCACUCUGGAGGGUGAAGAAGGAAAAUCUGUGAAGUUGACUUGCGAGGCCAACGGCUACCCUCUUCCAGUCGUCGUGUGGUACAAGGACAAGCAUCAAAUUAGGGAUAAGGAAGACCCCAAGAAAUACACCAUCAAGCCAGACAACACCUUAGAGAUCAAGAAAUUGAACCACGCCGACGUUGGCCUUUAUGUGUGCAAAGUGAGACAAAAGGCUCUGUCACACUACACUGAGAAGACUGUUCAUCUGUCUGUUCAACAUAAACCAAUUUUGUACAACAGUGAUACACAGAUGAUUUACACAAACACAAAAUACAAGACUGAAGAGGUUUACGCAAUUUUGGGUGACACCAAAAAUGUGACUUGCAGUGCCAUUGCGAACCCACCUCCAACCUACAAGUGGUUCAAAAGGAACAACGGUUACGAUGACGAUGCCAUCACGGACUCUGAUACGGUGAUCACUUCCGAAGAUGGUACCAACUCCGUGCUUGUACUAAGAAUUCGAGACGAAUCCUACUAUGGUGAAUACAGGUGUUCUGCAACCAAUGACAAGGGUUCCGAAUCCAUCAUCUUCCACGUGAACCCUGGCUCCAAGCCUCUACCACCAGAUACCGUCCAACUGGCAGGGGCUAAUACAACCAAUCUUACCUUCAACGUCACCUGCUCAUCUUGCAACUUUGCUACUCCAGAUGAAGUGCCCGAAUCACCCGAUCCGAAAAACCUCACUGUUAUUGGCUACAUUUUCCAGCUUACUCCUCUUAAGCUCGGUUAUCCGGCUGACUGGGAUGGAGCACCCGAAUUCCGCGUUGACAUCGAAAGCGCUAACAAUACUCUGUUCACGUUAGGACCUCUAUCAAACAGCACAGUAUUCCACGUUCGUGUGCGUACGCGCAACGCCGCGGGUAACUCUGAAUGGUUGGAAGCAGGCAAUGCAGCGACCACUGAUGACGCUAUCAGGCUUAGUGCCAGUUUACUCCUCAUCACCGUGACCAUGUGCAUGCGUAUGUUUGGUCCUUUUUAAAAAAACAGCUUUGUUUGAAGUGGGGAUAUUUCUUUAAAGUAUAUGUAUAAAAUGGUCUGUUGUGAUUCGCUGGCUUAAGUUUAGUUUCGGAUGGAUGCCGACAAUUUUGUAACAUUUGUGUGCGUAUAGUUCAAUGUUAAUGUUACGUUUAUCACAUAAGAAAUAUUUACUGUAUGUUGAAUCACAGAAUUAAAUAUUAUCGUAGAAAGUUCAGAGUUGAUUACAGAAAAUAUUUACUACAUAGUUCACUUAGCAAUCGAUGCCAAAUAUAAAGCCAAAUCGUUGAAUUGUGUUUAGUGUUAAAUUAAUGAAACAUUCUGUCCCCAUGACAUUCCAAGUUAUUGUAGAUAGAUAAUAUCUAAUUUGAACAAAAUAAUUGUCUAUUAUUAAAGUUUUAAAUACUUAAGUAAGUGUUCAAUUCUCCUAAUAGUUAAAAGGCCUGAAGUUGUACUUUUUAAUUAAAAUAUUGUAUGUAUGUAUUUAAUAUUAACAUCAUGAACAUAAAAGAAACGUAGUAACGAAUUUCGGCUUGAUUUUAUUUGCAAGUAAAGGAUGCGCAUAACUGUAAAUGUAUGUUUGUUAUAUUGCUGUGAUUUGCUUAAGUACAUAUUAAAUAAGGUAUUUACAUAACUAAAUUACUUGGGCAUGCAUAAAAAAAAUGUUAGACGAAAACUUUAUUAUAUGAAUACUUUGUUUGUAUAACUUUGACGACAGACCCUGUAUUUGACAUAACUUUUUUUACAGAAUAACAAUUUUUCAUCCAAAAUUUUGACCAAUCGCAACAAGAGCACACACUUUCUUGGCAUUCUGCCGUACACCUUUUUUUGUUCACUUGUAAAUACUUAUAAAAUUAUUUAAAUCUGCGUAAAAUAACGUAGUUUAUAAGUUAUCGCAUAUAAUAAUAUAUUAUGUAUGUAAUAUGUAUGUAUGUAUGCAAAAGGGUUUAAAGGCGUAUGUGUAUCUACUUUUGGAGUUAAUGACCCUACAUGGAAAUCUUCAGUAAAAUCUAAACCUACUUUGUAAGUGACACUUGUGAUAGUGUUUGUCCACUGAUUUUAGGAAAUAAGUAGGUUUUAUACCGUCACCUUAAAAUGUUCUCAUGUUAACUUUUUAUUUAAAUGGAGAAUGAAUGUGCAAUAGAAAUAGUGUUUUAAGAACGUGAUAGACGAGCGAUGAAACUACAAUUUUAAGGAUUGCUAGAAUUUAAACAUUUAUUCUUCCGAUAAAUGAAAAGUUGCCACUAACGUUAACUCCAAAAGCACCUACACGCAUAGGUAUGUUAGCUGGAACUGAUAAAGCACUAUGUACGAGUAGAUAAAUACUAUUAAGUACAUUUUAAGUUAUUGUCGUUGUUUAGAAUAAGUUUAUUUUAAAAUAUUAAAGAAAACGAAUCCUUAACACUACAAACUAUGACAAUAUCUAUGCAGGUACGUAUUUUAUCCAAAAAAAAAAUACAAUCAUUUCUAAUUUUUACAUUUCAACUAACUAACGCCUAACAAGUUUUGGUCAAUUUUAAUUGCUUAAGUCCCAGUUUUGCCAUGUUCUUGCAGGAAGACUGAUUAUUCUAUUGUAUAUUUGUUUUCCUAUGUAUCGCUUCUUUAGGUAAAAUAGUUAGGUUUACCCUUUAUAUGAGCUGGAAAGGAACGAUCUAAAUCGUCAAUCUUUGAGAUUGAUUGUACAAAAAUGUGUACAGGAAUUGUCAAUCAAUGCGUUCUUCAGCUCUUAAAACGUUAAGAAAUUGUGUACCAUUAAAUAUUACUUGCAAAGUUAGCUUAAGAAGCUUGGUAUCACUAAAAUUAAGGGCUCUUUUAGGCCUCGAACAAAAUGUGCUGCAUAUUUAACAUCGUGGAUAUUAAACAGUCCCAGCAUUUACAUAAAAUUUAUACGUAGUUGAACAAAAUGAUUGUUUUAUAAAAUGUUUAUUGCCGUUUGUAUUUAUAUAAUGUACACGUCUCUGGUUAUUUCUACUGUGUACAUACGUCAUAUUGUCGGCCAAUGAGUUUCAUAUACACUAAUUGUUACGUUAAUUACACUGGUGUUUCUGCCUCUAAUAAAAUGGUUUAUAAACAUUU